GUCACGGAGCGCCAACGACAGACGAGACUGUGAGAGUGAACGAUUUCCGGCUAAGCACUACGCUACAAUAGUGCGACUAAAAAAAGAGCAGUGGUUCCCAGUGAAGCAUGAGUUUUUCUUUUCCGACCUUUGGUGAUUUUCUUUGUUCAGGUUGCGUGUGAUUUGAGGAAGGACAAUCAGGCCCUAUUAAACCUGGCGACUUGCUGGCACUUUGACGCAACCUUCAGAUAUUCUCAUUUGUGUGUCCCCUGCAAACCGAAGUAUUAACGAUAAAUAUAUCUUGGAUGUGGCUAGGCUGGAAACUAAGUUUCACCACGUAUGCGUGUAGAACAAGACUUGUCUGACUUCAUAAAUUAACAAAAACAACACCUAUUAUCAACGACGGUUGUAAUAUAUGUUCAGAUAUGAAGAUUUCUGUUAAAAAUCCGACCGAUGACCAAUAUUUUGCUGUAACAGUAAUCAGUCAUUAUGUUUGUCCAGUUCAAUAACCAGAAGAAAAGUAAAUUUAUCAACUGGAGACCGUACAUGUACAUUUGGAUUAAACGCGUGUUUAUGUGAUCAGUGGAAGCUGGAAGUUCUGUUAUGUUAAGUUAAGUUUCCUAUUGGAUACUGUGCAGACUUAGUGUGGAUAUUUCAUGUAGGUGUGCUAACCUCAGAAGGAAUCAAGACAGGCAAUCCAUCCCAGCGCUAAACUGUGACGGAAAAAGCGAUAGGGUGUUGGUGCUUUUCCAAAGCAUGAAGAAGGUACGCUAGAGGCGAUGAGGGGACCUCCACUCGUUUAUGCCCAACUCCUGCCGAUACUACUUCAGCCUCCGUUUGUUACCAUGCAUAAACAACUAUGGAUGGUGACUGGGGUUCCGGCAAAUAAUGCUAACAGGGAGAAAAGCCAUAAAGAUGUGCCUACGAUUCAGGCCGUACACGGUUCGCAUGCAUAUCUGCCAUGCGAUAUCGAAGUGCCUCUCAGAGCUGACGAUAUGGGUGCGCGUGGAGAAGGAGCUCUUACUCUUAUUCUCUGGUAUCAUGGCGACGGGUACUCAAGAAGUGCUACACCAAUCUUCUCAGUGGAUGCUAUUGAUCAGCCACUCUCAAAAGCGACACUCACACCGUACGCUGAGUUCAUUAACCGCUCAUACUUUUAUGUACUUAUGCGUCCACCUGCGCUCAAAAUAGAGCCUGUCUUUGAAUCUGAUGCUGGCCAGUACCGCUGUCGGGCAGACUACAAAAAUAGGCCCUCACAAAACCGAUUUAUUCACUUAAACGUUGUUGUACCUCCCAGUGAAGUCCGUAUCCGAGAUCAGAAAGGCAAGACCCUAACAGGCUUUAUUGGUCCAUUUGACGAGGGUGCCUCACUAGUCGUCACCUGUGAAGCCAUCGAUGCAAAACCCCGCGCCCGCGUAUCGUGGUAUUCAGACGGGAAGCUGAUUCACGAUUCAGACGUACUAGUACCCAACCAUCCUCGCAGACUUGUUACUAACGAGCUUACCAUUAAGCGACUGGAUCGGAGUCACCUUCAUGCUACGUUCGUAUGUCAUGCUCAGAACGAAGACAAGAGUGAGCGGAAAGUCUCUCGUGAAAAUAAUUAUCUAUCAGCUACGAUACCAACUACCCUACGAACAGCAAACAUUACCAUUGAUAUGAAUCUUCCACCACUGGAAAUACGGAUCAAUCGGAUUCGCCAGCCUCUCUCAACAAAAAGGCGUACCGAAGCAACUUGCACAUCGGUGGGGGGAAGGCCACAUCCGCAAUUGACCUGGUGGAUUAACAACAAGAAGCUCAACGUGUUGAGAGAGAGCGGCGUUUUUGGGAACAACUUUACAACAAACACGGUAUCGUUUCUACCAACCGUGGACGAUGACAGAAAAUAUCUAUCAUGUCGCGCAGAAGGUAACCCGCUAUUACCGGAAACUCCGUUUGAGGAUAGUUUCCUCUUAAACGUUCAAUAUCCGCCCCAGUUGAAUCUAGUUCUAGGUAAACACAUGCUGAAUGCAACUUCAGUGCGUGAGGGAACUGACGUUUAUUUUGACUGCCAAGUUCGGGCUAAUCCUGCUGUUACCGAGGUGUUUUGGAAAUUUAAGGGGCUUGUCCUAGCCGCCCACGCCCGUCAAGGAAUCAUUAUGACGAAUCAGUCUCUAGUCCUCCAACAAAUCCGUCGCGAAAGCGCAGGCCAAUACCAGUGCGUAGCCGCGAAUUCUGAAGGCGAAAUCGAAAGCAACGAGCUAGAGCUGCGUGUACAUUUCGCGCCCGUAUGUCGUUCACGGCAAAACCUCGUUUAUGGUGUCGCCGUUGAUGAAGACGCUGACAUACCUUGCAAUGUUGACGCGGACCCCCCACCGACUAAAUACACCUGGACACUGAACACCACAAAUGUUGCGGACUUUGAUGAAAAAGCAUUUAGCUUUAAUCAUACGCGAUCGAUUGUUACCUAUCGGCCAAGAUUCGCAAAAUCAUUUGGUACAUUGUUUUGUUGGGCGACUAAUGAGGUCGGCAGUCAAGUUCAACCCUGUGCCUACCGCCUGAUACCAGCUAGCCCCCCGAGUUCAGUGGAGCAUUGCAUGGCAAGAAACCAGACGGACGACAUCGUACUGAUAAAGUGCAAACCUGGUGAUGCGGGCGGACUGCGGCAGACGUUUCACCUGGAAAUCUUCAAUGUCGCGGUUGAACAUCUCGAGUUGAACUUAACACGAACGGACACGCCAGUGUUCCAGGUACCGAACCUCAUUCCGAGCACCAAGUAUGUCUUCGUACUCUACGCUUCCAAUGCCAAAGGGCGUUCUAGUCCGAUUAGAUUGACUGUGACUACGCCAGCCUCGUCUAAAAAGCACUCGUCAGAAGGUACCGGGCUGUUCUCGAGUUUGCUGAAACUCGAACUCGUUCUGUUAUUGGCUGUCUUAGCAAUUGUCGUUUUAUUGAUUCUCAGCGUUACGGUUAUACUGCAGCGGCGGAGAACGAUUAAAGAUCACCAUCAAGGCAUGCAUAACCACCCAUCUUCGGCAAAUUUGAACGAUAAAAAUAGCGGGUCCUGUCGUAGCCUAAAGGCCCCAGUGGCUGAUGAUCUUCAGCUGACUCAGAUGAAGGGCAAUCACAACAACAGCAGGGACCCGCCGCAACAGCCGUGCAAACAGCACCUGCUUAGCAGCAAAAGCGGCAGUAUCGUGUCGAUGACGCUUCCGGACAAUAGCAAAGGUAACACAAUACAAAUGUAG